UAGAAAGUUCUACUCAAGCAAGAUGAAGGGGCUACUGGUGCUGACAGCUCUGUUUGUGGCCGUGUUUGGGAAAAAGACCUUUGAGGGAGACCAGGUUCUUCGGAUCACUCCUAAAGGUGAGGCACAGAUCUCUCUCCUGAAGGAACUUUCUGAACAGGAACACCUCGGGUUGGACUUCUGGAGGGAGCCCGUUCAUGAGUCUCUGCCUGUGGAUGUUCAUGUCCCGUUUCACAGCCUACAGGGAGUCAGGGCAUUCCUGGGAUACAAUCAGAUCCAGUAUAAUGUCAUGAUUAUGGAUGUCCAGGAUUUGCUGGAUGAUGAGGAACGUGAGAUGGUGAAAUAUCGCAGCUUUCCAAGAAGUACUGAUGACUUUGUCUACACCAACUAUCAUGAUCUGAACUCUAUUAACUCUUUCAUGGACAUGCUUGUGGCAGAGAACAGCAAUCUGGUCAGCAAAAUUGUGAUUGGUCAGAGCUACGAGAACCGCCCCUUGAAUGUCCUAAAGUUCAGCACUGGAGCAAACCGUCCAGGUAUCUGGAUCGACACUGGCAUCCACUCCAGAGAAUGGGUCACGCAGGCCAGCGGAAUCUGGUUUGCCAAAAAGAUCGUGACAGACUAUGGACGUGACCCCGUCCUCACCGACAUCCUUAACAACUAUGAUAUUUUCUUGGAGAUCGUCACCAACCCUGAUGGUUUCGCAUACACCCACAGCAGAGACCGCAUGUGGCGUAAAACCAGAAAGCCAAACUCUGGCUCCAGCUGUGUUGGAGUUGACCCCAACAGGAACUGGGACGCUGGCUUUGGAGGUGCUGGUUCCAGUAGCAGCCCCUGCACUGAGACUUACCGCGGACCCAGCGCUCAUUCUGAGCCUGAGGUCAAGGCCAUUGUGGAAUUUGUGAAAUCACACGGCAAAAUCAAGGCCUUUGUGUCCAUCCACAGCUAUUCCCAGAUGCUCCUCUAUCCAUACGGAUACACAAGCACUCCUGCAAAGGACAAGACUGAACUGCAUGAGCUCGCCAGGAAGGCUAUCACUGCCCUGCAGUCACUGUAUAACACUCGCUACACAUAUGGAAGCAUCAUUACAACCAUCUAUCAAGCCAGUGGAGGAACUAUUGACUGGACCUACAACCAGGGCAUCAAGUACUCCUACACCUUUGAGCUGAGAGACACUGGCCGCUAUGGUUUCAUCCUGCCUGCCAACCAGAUCGUCCCCACUGCUGAGGAGACCUGGCUGGCCCUGAUGGCCAUCAUGGAGCACACCAAAAAUAAUCCAUAUUAAACAUAUAACAAUGCUUCUGUGAUGAGUCAAACUGAAUAAAAGUGUGUAAAAAAAAAAAAAAAAAAAACA